GCUUGCCCGACAGAGAGGAGAGAGAGAGAGCAAUCAAUCAUUCGAUCGAUGAAUAUAUGACUUGUGGGUUUUGUAGGUAUUUAUUGGAUUGGUGAUGGGGACGAUAUAGAAACUGUUGAAAUCGGCAAUGAAAGGCGUCUUUUCGGCGCCCGGUGAUUACAUCUACUUCAAGUCUCAGGUUCCCCUUCACAAGAUCCCUAUUGGCACAAAGCAGUGGCGAUACUAUGACUUUGGUCCAAAAGUUGUUCCUCCACUCAUCUGUCUUCCUGGCACAGCAGGAACAGCCGAUGUGUACUACAAGCAGAUUAUGUCUUUGUCAAUGAAGGGUUAUCGAGUGAUUUCUGUUGAUAUUCCACGCGUAUGGAGCCAUCAUGAAUGGAUUCAAGCAUUUGAAAAGUUUCUGGAUGCCAUUGAUAUUCAUCACGUACAUCUUUAUGGUACUUCCCUUGGAGGAUUCUUAGCACAACUUUUUGCUCAGCAUCGUCCUCGUCGUGUUAAAUCAUUGGUACUCUCGAAUUCAUUUUUGGAGACACGUAAUUUCGCGGCUUCAAUGCCAUGGGCACCCAUUGUUGGCUGGGCCCCUUCUUUUUUGCUGAAGCGAUAUGUCUUAACGGGAAUCCGAGAUGGUCCCCAUGAACCAUUUAUUGCUGAUUCUGUAGACUUCGUUGUUUCCCAGGUUGAAACCCUCUCAAAAGAUGACUUAGGAUCAAGGUUGACUUUAACAACAGAUGAUGCUUCAGUUGGACCUCUUCUGCUUUCAGAUGCUCUUAUAACUAUAAUUGAUACCAACGACUAUUGUGCAACCCCCCAACAACUCAAAGAUCAAGUGAGUGAAAAGUAUCCUGGAGCAAGGCGAGCAUACUUGAAGAGUGGGGGCGAUUUUCCAUUUCUUUCGCGGCCAGAUGAAGUUAAUCUUCAUCUUCAGCUUCACCUGAGAAGAGUAGGUGUUGAACCUCGGCCGGACUUGGUCCGCGGUGUCUCAGAGGAUACUAGUGGUGGUGGUGGGAAUUCUAGUGAACAAAACGAUGGAAAUGAUGGAGAUGGUGAUGAUGCUCCAAAGGAUGAUACAGGAAGUUCAGGAAUCAUGCCUCCUGAAAGUCAACCACCCGAAAGUCCUGAUUCAAGUCAACCACCUCCGGCUCCGGAAAGUCCAGAUUCUCAUCAUUCGAGCGACAGCCAGCUCCUCAGCAAUGCAAAAGUUGGCACUACCGAUGCCGAAAAUCUGACGUUCCUGUGUGCGAUUUCCGAGAAACAGCAAUACAUAAUAGCCAGUAAUAUCUUUCAGCAUUUUGCAUGGGAGUUUUGUACUCUUUAUCUGCUCUGUCGUCAAGCGGGAACUUUGUACAUUAAUUGGGAGUCUUGUUGGAAAUUUAGAAAAGUAGUUGUAUAAAUGGAUUAUUUGAACAUUCUUGUUUGUAGAUGUUUCAUACAAUCAAUCUGAGUCUGAAUUUGAGUUUGCAAGUCAAAUUAAUUUUGAUUUUGUUUUUGUUUUGGCUCUGUUCCUGCAACACAAACGUGCUUUGUUGUAAAUGUAAUAUGAAGAUUUUCUACAUCGAUAUUACCCUGGUGGUUAGUUUUUA